AACACGGGUUUCUACACUGCCCUGGCUAAUUUCACAAAAAAUAACAAGAUGUCAGAUACAGACACGAAACCUUCAGGUCAGGAUGGAGGAGACCAAAAAGAUGGAGAGUACAUCAAACUGAAAGUGAUCGGUCAGGACAACAGUGAAAUUCACUUCAAAGUGAAAAUGACGACCCAUCUGAAGAAGCUGAAGGAAUCUUAUAGCCAGAGACAGGGUGUUCAUAUGAGUACCUUACGGUUUCUAUUUGAGGGACAAAGAAUCUCAGACAACCACACUCCAAAAGAGCUGGGGAUGGAAGACGAGGACGUCAUCGAGGUCUAUCAGGAACAGACUGGAGGACUUCGGAAUAAUUAGUCUUCCUGGAUUUAACUUUUUUGUUGUUGAUGAUAAUAUUGUAUUUUAUAUUUGUACAAUUACUGAGUGAUUUGUUUUGGCUUUGUGUUCCUCUCAGUGGUAGAGAUCUCUGCCAGAGAGGAGAGAAUAACUGUCUGAUACAUCUCCUGUUCUCUUACCUGGUCUGUUUGUGCUGUUUUGAAAACUCGUAUGAAGGCGUGACAAUGACUGUAGGAGCUGGCAAGACAGCACAAACAGGGUCUGAAUGCAUUUCAGAGUAGGAGUGCUGAUCGGAGAUCAGUUUUGGGUAUUUAAAAAAAAAAAAAAA